AUGCUUCACAGUAGCCUGGCCACAGAAGUAGUCACCAUGGUCGAGUUUGGGGAUUUGAUAAGUGCUGUGGGGGAAUUUGGCCUCUAUCAGAAACUGGUGGUACUGUUGCUCUCCCUCCCGCUGCUUCUUAAUCCCUUCCAAAUGGUUGGCCAAGUGUUCAUGGUUGUGGACGUGCCUCAUUACUGCAACACGGACUGGAUCCGUGCUGUCGGCCCCAACCUGACUGAGGAAGAGCAGCUGAACCUCACCCUGCCCCGGGAUGCAGAUGGGGAGUACGAGCAGUGCUCCAUGUACUCACCCGUGGACUGGGACCUCGACUCCAUCAUGGCAUAUGGCCUGAAUGCCACGGAGAAGUGCAGCAAUGGCUGGGUGUACCCCACAGCACAGCAGCCAUCCCUGCUCACCGAGUUUGACCUUGUGUGUGACAGGAAGGACCUGAGUGACAUCUCCCAGUCUGUGUACAUGGUGGGGCUUCUACUAGGAGCUAUGAUCUUUGGACCACUCAGUGACAGGAUCGGCCGCCGGCCAGUCCUUCUGAUCUCCAUCCUCGGCCAGAGUUUGUUCAGUUUAGCAAUUGCCUUUUUGCCCAAUUUCAUUGUAUACAUGGUCUUCAGAUGUAUCAUGGCAACUGCUGUGUCAGGAAUUCUGAUUACUACCUUGCCCUUAGCUACAGAAUGGGUUGGUGUCUCCUAUCGACCAACAGCAGUGCUUAUAACUCACUGCUUUUUAGCUACUGGACAACUGGUCUUGGCUGGCUUGAGUUAUGGUAUUCGUAACUGGAGGUUGCUGCAAAUAGCAGGGUCUGCUCCUACGUUUGCCCUUUUCUUCUACUUCUGGGUGCUACCAGAGUCAGCUCGCUGGCUGGUGACAAAAGGCAAAAUAGAAGAAGCUAAGAAGUACCUUAAGAAGGCAGCAUCCAUCAACAAACGCACCAUUCCUCCAGAACUGCUCGACCAGCUGAAGUGUGAGACCCAGACCAAGUCUGGAAGUAUUCUGGAUCUCCUUCGGAAGAAGCACCUCCUGAAGGUGACUUUAAUCAUGUCGUGUGCCUGGUUUAUGGAUAGUCUGGUCUACUAUGGUUUGAGCCUUAACGUGACAGGCUUUGGUCUCGACAUCUAUCUGACACAACUUGCUUUUGGAGUAGUGGAGUUACCAGGUCGUAUUUGCUGCAUUUACCUGCUACAGUGGUUUGGGAGGAAAAAAGUCCAAGCUGUUCUCCUGCUGUUGGCUGGCUUGAUGUGUCUCAUCAUUGUUGGCAUCCCUGAAGACCAGGCAGUGGCAAUCACCGUCCUGGCAGUCAUUGGCAAGUUUGCUGCAUGUGCUUCCUUCUCCACCUCCUACGUCUACUCUGCAGAGCUCUUCCCCACCAUCAUCAGGCAGAGCGGCGUGGGGCUGUGCUCGAUGGCAGCACGGGUGGCGGGGAUCAUCGCCCCGCUGAUCCGCCUCCUGGAGCAGUACCACAAGGCCAUCCCCAUGGCUGUCUACGGCAGUGCCACUGUGCUGGGGGGGCUGCUCUGCUUCCUGCUGCCCGAGACCCGCGGGGUUGAUCUGCCAGAUGACACGGUGACAGAUAACCCCCAAAAGAAAAGCAAAUUGCAGACCCUGUCCAAGACAAACAGUGAAGAGAAAGAAAUAAACUCAGAGAAAGAUAUCUAAAGAUGCUCGGAAAGCAAGCAGAUACUAAAGGUCUACUCUAACAGAAUCUGAUCUUAAAGCAGAGCAACGAGGCACUGCUGUCUGAAAACUGGUCUUGCAGAUGAUCAACAAACUCACCACUCACACGCAGAGGGAGAGGAGAUCUGUGUCACUGCGUUUGGAAAAGACGCGCGUGGGACUGUUGUUGAGACCCAGUCUGUUUGUGCCUGGCUGUGUGAGUCCUCCCUGACGUGUUUCCCAGUCCCUUGCAAACUGGUACCCGUGGAACCAUCCCUGUCGUGAUUUACAGCAAUAAAGAAUUGCCAGCAGAGCGGCAUUACUGGGCAAGCGAGCGCCGGGCUGCGUCCCUCCUGCACUGAGCGCUGGGGUCGUCAGCCUUGGCGGCGGUCCGAGCCUCCGUGUCUGAUCAGGAUGGCACCAAAACCCUGUCACACUAUUGAGGUUUUCUUCCUAUGUGGUGUUGAAUUUGAAUUGCUACAGGAAUAACAUAAAUUAGAUUUGGAGUUUGAGAAGAGAUGCUUGUAAUGCAAUACGUGAAGAAUAAAUGGUGUUGAUUUCUUUUUGUUUUUUUUCCUACAGUUUCACAGUUGGCCUUUGUAACUGCUGUUGGCUCUGGAGUGUUUUUUACACAGCAAUUGUAAGCCUGUAAUGUAACACACAGAUGGAAACGUGUUUGGUUUCCCUCAGCCACCAACAAUGCAGAAACAGAGUGUUGAAGCAGAAUGAGUGGGUUCAAUUAGGACAUUUUUAUUUCUGAGUCUUCUGAUGAACAAUCUAUAUUUAUAUUUUUUUCUUGAUGAGCAGCUUUGGAACCUCCCUGAGCUGUGCUUAUACAGU